CCUUAAUUUAGGGGUGGGUAAGGAAUCUAGUUUAUGCAAAUCGUAGAAUAAUUCACUUUGCUUCUGGCUAUAGAAAAAGUAAAGAACUUUAGGGAACCCCAAGAACCAAGCAAAGCAUAUAGAGCAAAUAUCAUCUCUGGAGAGACAGGAUAGACUCAUUUUUGCAGUCUGUACCAAAAUGGAAGAUGACGGAGACUAUCCCGAACCCGAAUCUGGCAGUGGUGGAAUAAACUUAAACGGGAGAAAUGUUGGUGCGGUGAUGGUGGCGCCUAGGGAUGUAGACAUAGCGAGUCAAAGUGGUUGCAGGAUCAAUAUCUACGUGAACAGCAAUGUUCAAGCAACAUGUGGUUCAGCUUUGAUCGGUAGCAAGGUUAAGCUAAGAGAUCCUGGUGUUCAUCUCCAUAUAGAUGACGUUAAAAUGACCCGCGACGAUACCAUAUCUAGACAGAAGGAGAUGACCUUGAUUAAGGUUGGGUUAUGUUUGGUCUGUCUUUUUAACAUGUUUCUAGUAUUCAUUCUCUUCCUCUCCUCUUGGUUCCGGAAGGAAAGUGGUUCCGUAUAGAUCUCCCCAUCAACCGAUGAUCAUGCUAAGAAGUAAGAACGAUCUCGCCUAUAAUUGUUUCCUCGAUUUAGUUAUACUUAUCUAUGUCCUAAUUUGUAGAUUAUUCCAGAAAGUUCCUAUCUAUAACAGUCAAAAACACACCAUAUGUUGUCUUAAUUCAUAUCAUUCCAGAUUAAAUCGAAGAUUAAUGCUAUAGUCCAAUCAUAUAAACUAUGUAGUAGUCUAGUGGGACAAACGACGUGACGAUAUCAAGAGGGUACAGGAUUAAAAGCUAUGAAGUACGUUACCAAUUACAAUCUCAAGAUUCUCAACCACCGGAUUAUAACUACAAGUACCGAUUUGGCGAUUUGACGAAUACAGAUCUAUCAAUUAGCUAGAAAUUUUCUUUCCAUGCAUUUUCCCACCCUCCCAUUAGAUGAUGAUGAUUAGAAGACCACGAUCUCAUUGGUGUUCACUGAUUCAAGAGCAUUUCAAGAGAAUAUAAUUCUUAAUUAUGAAUUUGUUCAAUAAUUAAUCCCCACCCCACUUUUCCAAAUCACCCUUACAUGUUCACCAAUUGUAACAAAUAAUUAAAGAAUCAAAAGUGA